AUGAGUGAAAGACCACCGGUAACUUGUCACGUCUUGGACACUACAACUGGCAAGCCAGCUGCCAAUGUGACUUGUGCAAUUUAUAAGAUCGAUCUAUCCAAUGAAACUUUGGCCGGGAACUACCAGGUGUUUGAGGAGACUGAUUCGCCGAAACCGUUUGCUAUGUCCCGUACCAACGAGGACGGAAGAGUUCCUUCAUGGAUAUUCGAGCCCAGUCCGUCGAAACGUGAAAUGCUCAAGGCAUUAGGUAUUGAACAGGAUAUUGAAACAAGCAAUCUGCGCUGGGGAAAGCUUGUUCCUGGCACUUACAAGAUUAGAUUCCAAGUUGGGAAAUACUACAGGUCGAUGGGGCAGACGAAUUUCCAUCCAUUUGUCGAUAUAGUCUUCCAAGUAGAGGACUCUAGACACUACCAUAUACCGCUCCUCCUAAGUAACUACGGAUAUAGUACAUACAGAGGCAGCUAG